AACCUGAACUCCAAGUAUGUACCGCUACUUCUCACGACGCGGCGGAGAUUGGCCACCAAGAUAAAAAGAGGGUGCGUGCUGCUAUGUUUGCCCUCAGAUACCGCGCUCAUGAGUAUGGUACAGAGAACAUGUGUGGAGCCUAACCAACAGAGCCAGCGGUAUUAGUUCAGCGGCCCGAAUGGCUUGCUCGCACGCGUGAACCUUCUGGUAUGCCUCAUGGUAUGCCGCAGCUGGCUUCGAGGAUGCGGCAGAGAUUGCAUGAGACGCAUGCUCAAGCAGGCGCGAAACUUCAUGUGUGAACGUUUGUGGAGGCGGGAUUCAAAGGCAGCCAGAACGGGCUGCGUACAGCACACAGGGCCAACGUUGCUACUCGCCGUCCUCGCACGGCCGCGGGCUGGCGGUACAUCGACGACGCCGUCCAUACUUAUCCUCCCUGCAGCACGCUCUGUCGACACACCCAGCCGCUCGGGCGUACCGGGAAGAGUGCGACGUCAUUGCGAAUGUAUUCGUAUUCAACGCGCGGUCCGCCGGAUGAGCUCGUUCGCCGCACCUUGUGGCACAUCCUUUCCAGGCACACGUCCGCCGAGAUGGUUGGUAUCAACUGAUGGAACUGUCAAGGUGCAUGGAUACUCGCAGUCACCGUCGGCGUCGCCGCGAAUGUCAGUCUAUGUACCAUGCGGGAGCUGUGCGAGGCUCAUAUGGCUGCGCCCGUUGACCGUCAAUUGAUGAUAUGACCUGUCACUGUCAGAUGCCUGCACAUGCAAGACAGAUAGGCGGCGGUAUACCGAAAUGCAAAGUGUAGGAGGCUCAAGCAGUUUC